GUUGAUUUCAGUCAUGGGUGAAUUACUCAAGGUGAUGAGGAUGAUUGAUGACAGACUAGUACAUGAGUUAAACACUACGGUUCCAACAGCUUCCUCUGCAGGGGAAACGGAUGCCAGUCAAACCUGUGAACAACUUUAUGAGUCUCUGAUGGCGGCCCAUGCCAGCAGGGACAGAGUCAUAAAAAACUGUAUCGCUCAAACCUCAUCCGUAGUACAGCAGCUCCAAGAAGAGAGAGAAAAGAAUACGGACGAUUUAACGUUAUUAAGGCAACUCAGAAGAGAACAGACAGAGUCGAAAUGGAUGCAGUCAGAACUGAGUGCUGAAGGGUGGUAAACGGCGGGAGCUGGAAGCUGGGUAGUGAUCGCUGCCCAGCUCACUUCAAGCCUCCAAAGAAUCAAUACAAAGAUACUUUUUUGAAAAAGGACCGGGUCAUCUCAUAAGA